AAUAUUGUUUUAUGCUAUGUAUAGCAACGUUGAUUUGAUUUGCUUCAAAGGGGCUUCCCGUCAAUUUGUAUUAAUUAAUUAAACAAAGGCGAAGAACAAAUAGGUCUUUUCCUUGAACCGAGCGCCGUUAAGAAAAAAAAAAGCUCGAAAGUAUAAAUACAAAACCAGAAAUUAGUGAUGUGCAAACGUUAGUGAAUACCGUACUUGAAGAACAAUAGUUAGAUAGCAAAAUGGUCGGGCGAAUCCUAAGGAUCGCCUUUGUUCUUGUAAUAGCGCUGUGGAGUAUUUCAGCACUCCCUGAGCCGGAGCCACUACCUGGCGGCUAUGGAAGUCCGGGGGGUCAUGGGGGCUACGGUGGGGGUGGAAUAGGCAAGGGAGGAGGUGGUGGAGGUGGUUUCGGAGGAGGUGGAGGUGGUGGAUUUGGAGGAGGAAGUGGAGGAGGUUUUGGAGGUGGAAAGGGAGGAGGCUUUGGAGGUGGAAAGGGAGGAGGAUUUGGAGGUGGGUUCGGAGGUGGAAAAGGAGGCGGCAAAGGAGGUUAUGGAAAGGGUUGGGAACUUUUGGACCGCAUCAACCUUUGUGUCUAUAGGGCGUAUAGUAGAGUUGGAGAUUUCAUAAUACUGUUUUGUACAGUAUUGGUUCAUUUUAUCAGUGCUGCUCCAUCACCUAACCCAAUUCCAACUUUUGGUAAAAGUUACGGAGGAGGAUAUGGCGGUGGUUUCGGUGGAGGGUACGGUGGGGGAUAUAAUGGAGGAUAUAGUGGAGGAUGUGGUUAUAAUUGUGGUGGAGGAUACGGAGGCCAUGGAGGAAGUACUUUAAUAGUUAUCAAAAAGGUUCCGUACGGCGGAGGAUAUGGUGGCUAUGGAGGACACGGUGGUUAUGGAGGUUACGGAAAAGGAUUUGGUGGCGGUCACGGUGGCGGAUAUGGAGGAGGUUACGGGAAAGGUCUCGGAGGAGGGGGCUGUGGGUACGGAGGUUGUGGAGGAAAUAUAGGACACGGGGGUGGUGGAGGUUUUGGGUUCGGAUUUGGAGGUGGAUUCGGAGGAGGAUUCGGAGGAGGUGGCGGCGGAGGUGGUGGAGGCGGAGGAGGUGGUGGAUGGGGAAAAUAA